GGGAGACGGCAGGAAUGUUCUCCUGGCCUGCUGGUCUGUGCCGGCGAGUGUGCUGAGAGGAGGGCCUCUGGACAUCAAAGGUUCCUUUUGUCCCCUUCCGAGUGGCAGGGCAGCCCGGCCGGGCUGCUGGCGAUGACUCAGGCCUGGCCCUGACGUCACCCACGCCCGGCCACUGGCCUCCCUCUGAAGCCAGGAAACUAGCUGGGGAGUGGCACUCGCAGCUGCAGCAAAUCUCAGAAUAAAGAGGCAACGGCCUUUCUCCUCCUCUCCAUCUCCCUACAGCACACCUUUUAUUUCUUUUCUUCUUUUUUAAAGCCUCACGAAAGAUUUUACUUGUAGAUCAACUUACAAAAUGUAGGAAGUCAGAAUGGGUGACAUCAUCAGAAAAAUAUGUGGAGCUGAUCACCACAAGAAGUGAAGAACCCAGGGCACGAAAGCGGUUGUGACUCCUGGGCCCAGGGAGCUGGCAGCGUCUGGGCUUCAGAGGACCCAGCGCCUCCGAGUGGUCUUGAAGUGAGGCUCUGCUGUACUCCUGUUCUUGUGGCUCUGAGAUCUGAAUGUUGUGACCACUAAUUUGCUCUUUCCUGGAGGGUAACCCCAGUUUGGUCCACAAGGUUUGCUGCUCAAUCCUUGCCAACAGUUGAACCAGGACUCUGAGGCUGAUAUGCAAUGUCACUUACAACAUUAAUCAGAUACUGCAUUUAAGAUCUUGAUGUGGAAGAAAUGGAGGACUCAGAACCAAGGAUUUCCAAGUGAUUUCUUCCAAAGCACAGGAAUCUAACUCUGUUAAAGCUGGUCCGUUCUAACUGAGGUAUUCUAUGAAUGCUGUACAACAAUCUACUACAAGUAUGACUGUGCUAGAGAGAAUGGAGAAUUCAACUGCCACAAAAAUCUGGUCUCUUCGCUCUCAGACUCUGUUGAGGAAAGAAGAUAUGCAGAAAUAACCAUGUGAUAAAUGCAAGAAGAAGAUAUUUUGAUGACAGUCAUGUCCCUUUCCAGGGACCUCAAGGACGACUUUCACAGUGACACGGUGCUCUCCAUCCUAAAUGAGCAGCGCAUUCGGGGCAUUUUAUGUGAUGUCACUAUCAUUGUGGAAGAUACCAAAUUUAAAGCCCACAGCAAUGUUCUGGCAGCUUCAAGCCUGUAUUUUAAAAAUAUCUUUUGGAGCCAUACAAUCUGUAUUUCCAGCCACGUCCUGGAGCUGGACGAUCUCAAAGCUGAAGUGUUUACCGAAAUACUUAAUUAUAUCUACAGUUCCACAGUCGUUGUCAAGAGACAGGAAACAGUCACUGAUCUUGCAGCUGCAGGAAAAAAGCUGGGAAUAUCAUUCUUGGAAGACCUUACCGAUCGCAACUUCUCAAAUUCCCCGGGUCCCUAUGUAUUCUGUAUUACUGAAAAGGGAGUGGUUAAAGAAGAAAAACAUGAAAAAAGGCAUGAAGAACCAGCCAUCACUAAUGGGCCAAGGAUCACAAAUGCAUUUUCCAUCAUCGAAACAGAAAAUAGUAAUAACAUGUUUUCCCCGCUGGACUUGAGGGCAAGUUUCAAAAAGGUCUCUGACUCCAUGAGAACAGCUAGCCUUUGCCUGGAGAGGACGGACGUCUGCCACGAGGCAGAGCCUGUCCGCACACUCGCUGAGCACUCAUACGCUGUUUCUUCCGUAGCUGAGGCUUACAGAAGUCAGCCUGUACGUGAGCAUGAUGAGAGUUCACCUGGUAACACAGGGAAAGAAAAUUGCGAAACCCUUGCAGCAAAACCGAAAACAUGUCGGAAGCCAAAGACAUUCUCCAUACCACAGGAUUCUGAUUCAGCCACAGAAAAUAUACCACCCCCUCCAGUAUCCAACUUAGAGGUUAAUCAAGAAAGAAGUCCACAGCCAGCUGCCGUUCUCGCUCGUUCAAAAUCUCCAAACAAUGAAGGAGAUGUCCAUUUUUCCAGGGAAGAUGAAAAUCAAUCUUCUGAUGUUCCCGGGCCGCCGGCAGCAGAGGUUCCACCUCUGGUGUACAAUUGUAGCUGCUGUUCCAAAGCCUUUGACAGCAGCACUCUGCUCAGUGCCCACAUGCAGCUUCACAAGCCGACCCAGGAGCCUUUAGUGUGCAAGUAUUGCAACAAACAGUUCACCACCCUGAACAGGUUGGAUCGGCAUGAACAGAUCUGCAUGAGGUCAAGCCACAUGCCCAUUCCUGGAGGAAACCAACGCUUUUUAGAAAACUAUCCUACCAUUGGACAAAAUGGAGGUUCAUUCACAGGUCCAGAACCUUUAUUAUCUGAAAAUAGGAUUGGUGAAUUUUCCAGUACCGGAAGUACUUUGCCAGACACGGACCACAUGGUUAAAUUUGUUAAUGGGCAAAUGCUCUAUAGUUGUGUUGUGUGCAAACGUAGUUAUGUGACCUUAUCUAGCCUCCGAAGACAUGCAAAUGUUCACUCCUGGAGAAGAACAUAUCCUUGCCAUUACUGCAACAAAGUAUUUGCAUUGGCUGAGUACAGGACAAGGCAUGAAAUUUGGCAUACGGGAGAAAGACGAUAUCAGUGCAUUUUCUGUCUUGAAACUUUCAUGACCUACUACAUACUCAAAAAUCAUCAGAAGUCUUUCCAUGCCAUCGAUCAUAGACUUUCCAUCAGUAAAAAAACAGCAAAUGGAGGCUUGAAGCCUAGUGUCUAUCCAUAUAAACUUUAUAGACUACUGCCUAUGAAAUGCAAAAGAGCCCCUUAUAAGAGCUACCGAAAUUCUUCCUACGAAAAUGCACGAGAAAACAGUCAAAUGAAUGAGUCUGCACCUGGUACCUAUGUUGUUCAGAAUCCACACAGCUCUGAAUUACCUACGCUGAAUUUCCAAGAUACUGUAAACACCCUGACCAACAGUCCAGCCAUCCCAUUGGAAACAUCUGCAUGUCAGGACAUACCCACUUCUGCCAAUGUACAAAAUGCAGAGGGCACCAAAUGGGGAGAGGAGGCGUUGAAAAUUGAUCUUGACAAUAACUUUUAUUCAGCUGAGGUGUCAGUUUCCUCCACUGAAAAUGCUGUCAGUUCUGGCCUCCGGGCAGGGGAUGUACCUGUUUUAUCUUUGAGUAAUAGCAGUGAGAAUGCCGCCUCUGUGAUCAGUUACAGUGGCUCCGCACCCUCGGUCAUUGUACACAGCAGCCAGUUUUCAUCGGUGAUCAUGCACAGCAAUGCCAUUGCUGCCAUGACCAGCAGCAACCACAGAGCCUUUUCAGACCCAGCUGUCAGUCAGUCCCUGAAAGAUGACAGUAAGCCUGAGCCAGAUAAAGUGGGUAGGUUUGCAAGCAGACCCAAAAGCAUUAAGGAGAAAAAGAAAACUACAUCACAUACCAGGGGAGAAAUACCGGAGGAGUCAAAAUACGUUGCUGAUCCUGGAGGAUCAUUGAGCAAAACCACAAGUAUUACUGAAGAAACCAGUAAAAUUGAAACCUACAUUGCAAAACCUGCUCUGCCGGGAACCUCCACAAAUAGUAACGUUGCACCCCUUUGCCAAAUAACAGUGAAAAUUGGAAACGAAGCCAUUGUGAAAAGGCACAUCCUAGGAUCUAAAUUGUUUUAUAAAAGAGGGAGAAGACCCAAGUAUCAGAUGCAGGAGGAGCCUUUGCCACAGGGGAAUGACCCGGAACCCAGUGGAGAGAGCCCACUCGGGCUUUGCCAAUCCGAGUGCAUGGAGAUGAGUGAAGUGUUCGAUGACGCGAGUGACCAGGAUUCCACUGACAAACCGUGGCGCCCUUACUACAACUACAAACCCAAAAAGAAAUCCAGACAGUUGAGAAAAAUGAGGAAAGUCAACUGGAGGAAGGAGCAUGGAAACAGGAGCCCGAGCCAUAAAUGUAAAUACCCAGCAGAACUGGAUUGCGCUGUGGGGAAGGCUCCUCAGGAUAAACCCUUUGAGGAAGAAGAAACGAAAGAGAUGCCCAAGCUGCAGUGUGAACUCUGUGACGGAGACAAAGCAGCGGGGGCUGGAAACCAAGGAAGGCCCCACCGACAUCUUACUUCUCGGCCAUACACCUGUGAGCUCUGCACCAAGCAGUUCCAGAGCCCUUCCACACUCAAAAUGCACAUGAGAUGUCACACCGGGGAGAAGCCAUACCAGUGCAAGACCUGCGGACGGUGCUUUUCGGUGCAAGGAAACUUACAGAAACAUGAACGCAUCCACCUGGGCUUGAAGGAGUUUGUCUGUCAGUAUUGCAACAAGGCGUUCACCUUGAAUGAGACCCUCAAAAUCCAUGAAAGAAUCCAUACUGGAGAAAAGCGUUACCACUGUCAGUUCUGCUUUCAGAGAUUUUUGUAUCUCUCCACCAAAAGGAAUCAUGAGCAGAGGCAUAUUCGGGAGCAUAAUGGGAAGGGCUAUGCCUGCUUCCAGUGCCCCAAAAUUUGCAAAACAGCUGCUGCCCUUGGAAUGCACCAAAAGAAACACUUAUUCAAAAGCCCAAGUCAGCAGGAGAAAAUAGGUGACAUGUGCCAUGAAAACUCAAAUCCCUUGGAGAAUCAACAUUUCAUUGAUUCAGAAGACAAUGACCAAAAGGAUAACAUACAAACCGGUGUGGAAAAUGUUGUCCUUUGAGUGGCAAGAGUUAGAAAAAUCUUCAAAAAUAUAGUUGGUGGUUUGUUUUUUUUUUUUUAGUUAUGAUUUAAGUGUAGUUUAAUUUUAUUCACAUAACAGUCAUGAAGGAGUGAAAUUUAAAAACAAAACAAAAAAACACUCAUUUGUGAAAAUUCCAGAAAAAGGAUCCUAAUAUCUACUUUGGGUUUUAGCAUUAACUUUAUGCAAAGUGCAAAAAAACAAAAUAGCUGACUCCUCCAGUAUCCCAAGUUUCUUGUGAAAGUUAAUGAAGUUCUUAGCUGUGGUAUUUCUACCAGUGAAAAAAGGAGUUUAAUUUUAGCCUAGUUUGAAACUUUCUAAUAAUUGCUAAUAGGAACUGGCUGCUGAACUGUCUUUAGUCACUGGAGAAAAUGAAGAUGGCAUCUUCGUAAAUAUGUUACGUGGUAAUGAGCUGUGUGACGGUCUUUAUUCCCAUCUGGCUUCUGCACUAUUAAAAUUCGUUUAAAUUAAUGGAUACACAUGAAAUACUUAAACAAUAUAACUGAAAUUAUGUGCAUAAUGAGUAACCUAAAGUAGGACAUUCAUACAUUAUGUAGAACUACUUUUCUGCAACACAAACCUUGUAAAAUACAUAUAUAAAUCACUAUAACUUUUAACUGUCCAUAUCCCCUGUAGAGAAUUAUGAGGAGCAAUAGAUCUGCAAAUAAUGAGGACUGAUGUAAAAAUCAGUAGAAAGCAUUUUGAAUAUGAUUUAAGAGCAUGUGAAUGCUUUUAGAUGGAAUGCUGUUCCCUUGAAGUUAUGGCUGAGCUGUUCUUAGAACUGGUCUACUCAAUUCACAGAAAACAUAGGUCAUGCCUUAUCUAUGGGGGAACACCCUCCCAGAAUUUACCUGUGAUUACCUGUGCUGCAUAUUACUUUGCAAUGGCCUCACCUCAGAGAAUGAAAGAGGGUCACAUUCUUCUGAAACUCUCUGCAGUCUUCCAACCACCACAAGGCCAUGGAUGUGGGGGGGGGGGGUCUAUUCCAGACAGACUUAAGGGUUCAAGUGGAAGCUGCCAUCUCCCAUUCCACUGAAGGACUGUCCAAGAGAUUUAGUGCAAGGUACACUGCAGUAGUGAAUUCCCAGGCACUUGAAAGUGACUGCCUAAUCUCUAGUAAUUGUAAUUACUAGCCUUCUUGGAGAUUAUGCAGCCCACGAGUACAGACUAGUAUAAAGCAAAAGGGUAAAGGAACCCCCACCCUCCACCCCACCCAUUAAUGACGAGUGGGCAAGAAGAAGUGAUUGCCUUCCUUGCCUAAAACAGUAGCUUUGUUUUUAGGGGAUGGAAAGGUAGAAUGUGGAGUGACAUGGUUCUAUCAUUUACUUAUGAGACUCAGAAAUAUAUCUACAAAGCCAGAUGCUCUGUCAUCAUAUUUGCAGACAUCUACACCCCUUGCUAAAAACCCACUGAAGUUUUUUUAAUGUUCUUUUACACUGACCCACACCAUCAACAUUACCCUCAAAUCUAAUUGCCCUACAUCAUAUUCUAUCAUGUGGACCAGGUUCCUGGAAAGCUGGAAUGCAUGAUUCUUUUUUAAACUGCCAGAAUAGGAGGGAGAGAGAAAACAUUUCUACCCUUUGAUCACCGGUGUGAACAGAAUCCGGAAUGCAGUUUCAGCCUGACCUGCAGUCAUUCGUGUUCAUUGGAUUUGACGGAUGGAAACCCAAGGUUAUCGAAGAUUGGAAGGUUAUCAUUGUGAAGAAGUAGCUUAAAGGACUCCGGUUUCUCUCUACAAGUGUGAUGUCUCCAUGAAGAAGACUUACUAUGGAUUUGGGUGGGUAAGAAAGCAUUUAAACACCCAGGAAAGGACAUGAUUAAAGUUGACCUUUUAAUACUGUAGUACCUUGCUGUUAAGUAACCCCACUAUUGUAUCUGCAUUUAUCUUUUGUUCAUCUACUUUCACUUACAUACAGUAUUAUAUAAGUAGAGAAAAAUGGGAAAAUGCAAGCAAAUUCAACUUUAUUUUAUACAUUGUAUAUAUGUAUACCCUACACUAUUCAUUUGGGUUUUGUUAGAUAGUCACAAAGGGCUUAUGAAAAUCAUUUUUGAAUUGAUAAUUAGAAUAUUGAAUAAGCAAUCCUGUGAUCCACUAAUUUGUUUUAUCAGUUAAUAAUAUGAAUCAAAGAUAAUUAGUGUGUACUCUAGUCAUUUUGAUUUCAGUUAACCCCAAAUAUAAAAUUACCUGUAGCGAUAUCUCUCUCCCAGCCCUUACAUGUGGAUAUUUUUUAAGUGGGACUUGUAUGCUGAUAAUUCUAGACCAAAGUAAAUAUGGCAGAAUAUUUAUACAUGAAAAAAUAAUUUUGCAAAUAUUUUCUAUAAUUGUAUUCAUUUAAAAUGUUGAUAGCUUGUGUUAGUUUCAGGGAGGGGUGUAUAUUUUGAUAAAAAAAUACUUGACUUUGUAAUUCUGUAUAUUCUAUACAAUUUAUAGCAGAGCCGUUUUAAGACAGCCUUGUCACUUUUUUUGUUAAUUGUGAAAAUUUUAUUGAGUGAUGUUUAAGUAUGCAUUGAGUACAUGACCAACUAGAAUUAAAGUAAGUGUAAACAGUGAACAUACUGUAUGCUGUACAAGAUAUAACGUAACUUGCUGUUUUAGCAUCUGUAUUUUGGUUAGAAGAUAUUAUUAAAUGCAGAUGUUAAGGAUUGGAAAAGUCUAAUUUUAUUUUUAGAAAUAAUGGAUAUAAAUUUGGUUUUGCUUGAUUAAAAGAGCUUAUUCCUACAUUAAGUCUCUUGUUAAAUGUUUUAAUGUUAUUUCUUCCGUGCGGCUAUUUCAUCCGAGUCACAGCUUUGCUUCCACGUAUUAUUCAUUCGGUAUAUUUCUGUUUCCUUACUUGUUUACAUUCCGUGGUACCUACCUACAUGCUUAGGAGUCAAAUGGAUUAUGACAUUAGGAAAAAAGCAGAAUAAAAGAGAUUGAAGUCUUC